CAAGCACGCAUCAGAAAUCUGCAACUAGAUUCAUAGCUCUCCCAAGCAAAGGAGAAUAUGAAUUGCAACUGAUCGUACAAUCUCUUCAGCCACAAGUGUGAAGUGUUUGUCUGACAAUGAACAACAUCCGCUAGUAUUUUCGAACGCUCAUCAUGGCCGCUCAACGAACAUGCAUCCUACGCUCAUUUCCACUUUCAGGCGCUCAGCGCACCAACUCUGAUUCACAAGGACCCGCAAGCCAAGCCAUCGUGCCCGACCAACAACCUCUCGAAACCUCCCAUCUCAAUCCUCUACCGGACGAUUACUCUCGGUUCAUAUUCCAAGACAAGUGUCGCUCGACGAUAUGGUCAGGCUCAGGCGGAGAUGGGUGCGUCUCGUUUCUUCGCGAGAAGUAUGUCGAGGAAGGCCCACCGAACGGUGGCGACGGCGGCAGCGGUGGAAGCAUCUACAUCCAGGCCGUUGAAGGCCUGACCAGCUUACACAAGCUCGCCCGGAGAGGUGUCAUCAAGGCGGGACGAGGCAAAAACGGACAGGGAAAGAGCAAGGGCGGCAAGCGCGGCGAAGAUGUACUCCUCCAGGUUCCUGUUGGUACCGUCGUACGCGAAGUCGAUCGGUACGACCCGGUCGCGGAGGAGGAACUACGUCAGCGACACGAACGCAUGAAGGGCUCUGAAGAAGCGGAGGAGAUGGAAGAGCAGGAGUUCGGCAUAACAUCGAUUCGCCGCGAUCGUUGGGUUUUGUACCCCGGAGCCAAUCCGUCCGAUUAUUUGACUACGGUAUUUCCGAAAAGUCCGCCGCGGCGGCAGCACAUCGCCUCCUUGGAGCCCAAACAGCCCAUCAGUCUUGAUCUCUCAUAUCAUAUGGAUAAACCGAUGUUGCUUUCGGCGGGUGGUGUGGGUGGGAUGGGCAACCCGCACUUCGCGCACCGCGCAAUGAGCCGACCGAAGUUCGCGUCCAGAGGGGAAGGUGGCAAGCGUCUGGAGCUUGAAUUCGAACUCAAGCUUCUUGCGGAUGUUGGACUGGUGGGGAAGCCUAAUGCUGGAAAGAGCACUUUGUUACGCUCAUUGACCAAGAGUCGCACACGAGUUGGGAAUUGGGAGUUUACGACGCUUGAACCAAAUAUCGGGACGGUUGUCAUAGAUAAUCACAAGGGAAGACCUCUGGUCGAAUUAGAAGGCCGGAAGCCGCGGACGAAUUUUACGAUUGCCGAUAUACCGGGUCUGGUCGAAGGUGCUCACCUUGAUCGCGGCUUAGGAUUGGGUUUUCUGCGACAUAUCGAACGAGCUGGUAUCCUUGCAUUCGUCGUCGACCUUAGUGCCGGUGAUCCCAUUCAAGGUCUCAAGAAUCUAUGGCUUGAGCUUGGUGAAUAUCAACGGAUGCGUGAAGCAGAACAUGCUUUGAAACUUGAGGAACUUGCAUGGCCUGCACCACAAGACCUCAAUCCCCUCCCGGAGCUUAAGAUGCCACCGAUCCAUACCAAGCCUUGGUUUGUCGUGGCCACAAAGGCCGAUCUCCCAGAGACUCAGGAGCAGUUUCAAGCGCUGCGGAACUAUCUUGCCGCCGUGGAAAAGGGCGAAGCUGAUCACCCGGGUGGACUGCAAGAAGGGUGGAAAGAAAGAGUCUGCGCUGUUCCCGUGAGCGCCAUCAAGGUAACAUCUCUAAUCCUUCGCCUCGAUCGCACUAUAUUCAUCAAAAGAGAAAGGGAUAUCUCGGAUGCCAUGAAUGCCUCACUUCCAAAAGUCAUCCUCCACGCAAUCACGUCCAUCCGGAGAGUUGACGAGGACGAUCCCAUUGUGAGAUGCCGCGCAGGUCGUUCAAAGGACCUCUCCAAACUAUUGCUACAGGAUCCCGAAGGUGCAAUCAAGGAAGCAGACUCCCACCUACGCGUCUUUCCCUUCAAAGAUGUUGACGUGUGCUGGCGUCGGCUAUACACGGAUGCCAGCAUCCUGAAGGCCUGCCUCAAUGUCUGCACCAAUCUCGACAUUCGGAUUGAUUCCAAAGCUCCGUGGCUUACGCCCACUAUAUACUUACUCGACCGAGCAUUGAUCAUGACUGGCGCGCCCUUGCGCGAGAAUCUUAUCGAGACCCUGAUCAAUGCUCUCCAAGCAUCCACUAGAUCCGCACUGCAGCAUGCAGCACCUAAACAACCAGAGCGCAAUCCUCUCUUCUCCCCGGAUGCAGCACCAGAACCUCAAAUAAAAUAUCCCAUUCCCCGCGUCUCAGCUCUGUCGUUUGAGCAGUUCAGAGCGCAUAUUUAUAAAUCUCGAACUCCCCUGGUAAUCACUGAUGCAGUGGAACACUGGCCGGCCCUAACGACCCGGCCGUGGUCUUCCCGUGCUUACUGGGAUGAUCGCACGUUCAAUGGUCGAAGGCUCGUGCCCGUGGAGAUUGGUAGAGCCUACACGGAUGACGACUGGGGCCAGCAGAUUAUUCCCUUUAGCGAGUUCGUCGACGGUUACCUGGAUCGGGACCGGAAUCAGGAUGGUCCCACCGGUUAUCUGGCACAGCAUGACCUGCUGGCCCAAAUUCCAGCUCUGCGAAACGAUAUCUGUAUCCCUGAUUACUGCUAUGUCAAUCCCCCGGGGCCGGAGCCGGGUACACCCGUGUAUCUCAAGAAGCGGCUGGAAGCGGAGGAAUCCAGGAAGAGAAAGGCUGAACAGGGAGCAACUAUCACGAACACAGACAUUUAUGCUUCGGAGCAGGUGGAUGCCAGCGCUGUGGAGACCGAAUCCGCAAGCGAUGAUUCUGUGAACGAUGAUUCAAGUGGUCCCUACAUCAAUACCUGGAUCGGUCCGUCGUGGACCAUUUCACCCUUGCACCAUGAUCCAUAUCAUAACAUCUUUGUUCAAGUAGUGGGCGCAAAGUACGUUCGACUCUACUCGCCUCAUACGCCCGCCUCGCAGAUCUAUCCUAAGGGAAAGGAGGCUGUGAAUCGAUCAUCGGACGAGAUCUCCAAUGAAGGCGAUAGGCAAGCAGACAUCCAACUUCAAAGGGAAUUAGUUGCAUCCAUCAACGGAGAAGACCCUUCGUCACCAGAGAUAACCGCGAGGGAAGAUGAGCAGUCUCAAGCGAUUGACAUGUCGAAUACCUCGCAGGUGGAUCUGGCAGCCAUUGAAAUGUCCCCGGCCGAGGCUGAACAGUGGGAGGACCUAUGGCCGGGAUUCCUGCAGGCAGAGUACGUCGAGUCUAUCAUCAAGGAGGGCGAGUGCCUGUAUAUACCUGUGGGCUGGUGGCAUUAUGUUCGUAGCUUACACGGAGGUAUCAGCGUUAGUUUUUGGUGGGAAUAGCCAAUUGGCCCCCAUUGCCUAGAUCGGUAGCAAAAGGCAAAUACAAAUUAGAUCAAGCCCACUAAAGGAUCAUGAUGUAGCAGGUGGAGACACCCUAGACCUGAUACCUUCCAGAAUAUUCCUCUGGUGUUCGCCGAAGUCGACCGUCAUGAGUCUCAUCCAGGAGCAACAGCGGAUGAUGGUUUCCAUCGAGAGUGGGAGGAUAUAGGAUAUAAGGCGCAAUGCGACCCAAAAGAGUCAAAAUAGGUCGGCAUACAAGGG